AUGCCCCAGUGGAAUGCGAACGGCCUUGCUGAGACUGUGUUCGGGAGGCGGGGCUCGAGGGGUUUACAGUCGAGGGUGGGGCGGCCGGCGGGGACCGGGGCAGGGGGCGAUGACAACCGGGUUGAGCAAGGCGCCGCGGAAGGGGAGCCGGCGAGCCUAGAGCACGUGCGGCAGGGUCUGCUUACGCUGCACACCCUCUUGUCGGGGACCGCGAGCAGCAGGAGGCGACAAGUGCUCGACUCCUCCUCGGACGGGGCAGGGGCGCACGCGGCCGAACAUGCUAGUACCACGGAGCGGGCGGCAGGUGGCGAUGAUCACGCCGAAGAUGACGAUGACCUCGGCCUCGCAGCACCAGCAGUACCAGCAGCAGCACCAGCAGCGGCACCAGGGGUAGCAGUGGCGGCAGUACGGAGGGCUGGUGUAGCACCUGCAGCGGAGGCGAUUCUUUCACCACCAGCAGCGACGGGCGACGCGCUGGACAGCGACCAAGAGACGGCUGAAGCAGAGGCUUCCACGAGAGAAGCAGGAGAAGUUGGAGCGGCGGCGGGGGUGCUAAAAUCCCAACCGGAAGCCGAACAGCAGGACGAGGAAGCAGCGGUCGAGGCGUCGUCGUCCGACGUCCCGAUUCUCGACGAAGGUGGCGACAGAGGCCCUCCCGCGAGGGGGGGGGCCCUGCCCAAGGCGUCCUUGGACGACGGUUCGGAGGAGGGGGACCGCGGUAGGGAAGAGGAGGGAGGGGGAGGGAAAGGUGACAAGGCCAAAGAAGGCGCGGACGGAGAGGAAGAAGAAGGCGAAGGUCGGGGGGCCAGCUCUGCAUCGCGGGAGCCGGGAAGGGGGUCGCCUUCGUUAACCUGGCCGUUGCUGGGGCCAGACGAAGGGGCGGAAGCGGCGGAGUCCAGGUUCGGGUUGAGGUCGGGGUCGGAGUCUGAGGUUUCCGAGGGCCCCCCGCGGCUUCAGUCGGACAGCGAGGAUAGCAGUGACGAUGACGAUGAUGAAGAUGACGAAGGCGACAGCGACGACGAGCAGGGCGGCAACUGGGGAGACCACGGCGCCAUCUCGAGGCGGGGCUGGACGCGAGGGUUCUUGAGGGGGUCCCGCAGAGGGAUGGAAGGCGGGGGUGGGGGAGAGGAGUGCAAAGAAGACGGGUCUUCCGCCUCCGACCGCCGGUGGCAGCUGCGGCGGCGCUUCUACGUUGGGCAGUGGCUCGACGUGAAGGACACCGUGAACAACUGGCUGGAGGCGACAGUAAUGGACAUGACCAGCUCUGGCUCGAGACUCCAGAUCCACUACAACGGGUGGCCCCCCCGAUGGGACGAGUGGCUCAGCUGGGACUCGCCACGGAUCGCGCCCUUCCGCACGCGGACGCAGCACCUCCCGCAAGCGCAGCACGUGUCGCCGGCGCCGGUGUCUGCGGUCCGGAACGCUCCCAGGACCGGUCCGCUGGUCGACGACGUGAGGGUGGUGAUGCCCGAGGUUAGCCGCGUGCUCCAGGAGAUCGUGCCGAUGGUGGACGAGCUCUCGGCGUGCUACGCGCAACAGCUAGAGUUAGACCCUUCCACCAGCCCCACUGGUGGCCGCGCCGUUUCUCACACCUUGCCGUGGGCACGGCAACGCGUGCAGCUGCGCCAACAGGGGCGUGCCGCCGCCCCCGCCGCUGCCGCUCGGUCGGCGACGGCGGGCGGGGUCUGUAGAGGGGUCAAGGCCGCCGAUCUAGCCGCCGAUAUCGCCCCGCUCUUUGAUCGCCUGGGGCGCAUGCUCACCGACGUUGCGCCUCACCUUGCACGUCUGUCGGCGAUGGAAGAGGACACAACGGUUCCCGCUAGUGGCGGCGGCGGGGGCGCUGCGGCUGGCGCGGAGGGAGAGGACGUGGCCGAGCCGGGGGAGCUCUCAUGGGAAGCCCUAGGCCUCCGCGCAGACGGGGGGCAGCAGGGGGGGGGUAGUGGCGCGCGGCGCUCCUCCCGAGACUCCCCCCCGCGGGGGCGGCGGGAAGCGUUAGCGUACCCGGCGAAUGCGUCCGCGUUCCGGCAGCUGGUGUCCACGUCCAGCCCGGCGCCGACAUCGAGCAACAUUAACAUCCACAUCCACGCCAUCGUUCCGAUGAGGGGUCCCCCCUCGCCUCCGCCCCCGCCCCCGCCGCCGCCCCCGACGGCGUCCGUGUCGGCGGUGGCGACUCCGACUCGAGCCGAGCGCCCCCCCCUCGCCUCCGUUAGCUCGACAGGUGGCAGCCGCAGCAGCAACAACAACAGCAGCAACAGCAGCAACAACAACGGCGGUAACAGCCGGCCGUGGAACGGCAACGGCAACAGCAUGGACACGUUCGUGGUUGCGGCUCGCGCGGCCGCUGCUUCCCGCGCAGCAGCAGCAGCAGCAGCAGCAGCAGCAGCGUCGUCUUCCGCUCGCGGCGGGGGGGACUCCGGCUCCGCUGCCGAGCGCGCCGGCGCCGGUGCAGGCGGCGACUCUAGUUCAAGCCGCAGUUCUAGCCGCAGCGGCGCCUACGUUUCCACUCCCGCCGACCCCGCGAGACAAGCCUCGCCGCUCACGAUUUCGGCUGCCGUCAGACCCACGCCGUCCUUCUCCUCUGCCGACGGGGGGGCCGCGGCCGUCGCUCUCGGCGCCGCCUCCGAUGCGGGUGCUGGUGCUACGAGAUCUUCCUCGGGGGUGACUAGCUCAGGUCCGGGGGGGGGAGGCGGGGGCCCCGGCAACAUGCAUCGGCGUGGCGGGGGCUGGAGAGGGUUGCUUCGCGUGUUCGGGGUGGGCAGGAACGCCGGGGGCAUGAACAGGGUAAGCGGCAGGCGAGAAGGCGGUGGCGAGCACUAGGCUUGCGAGGUUGAGGCUGGGAG